GUCCAGAGCCGGCGAGAGCCAGCGGAGUCGGCUCCCCCGACUGUUCCACGCGGCCGCGCUGCUCCGGACCCCCACGCGCGCGCUGUGUCCCGGUGUCCCCGUUUGAGCGAGCGCCCGGGCGAGACGCACAGGGAGGGACGCGCCGGCCCGGCUUCCCAGCCCGGGUAGAAUGUGCCACCAGCUGUUCCCGGAUCGCGGACGCUUGGCCCCGAAGUGAGAAACUUGGAGGAAGAAGAGACAAAGGCUGGCUUUGGGACGAAUGAGUUAGAGACUUGGGUUGGGGCAAACAAAAGGUGAGGAAGAGGACGAGGACGCGGCCCAUGGCGGCGGGGCGGCCCCGCGGGCUCGGGUGCCCGGGACUCGCGCCGUGACGCGCGGGGCUGCCCGGGGCCGCGCGGUGGUCGGCUCCGCGGGCCUGGCGAGGCCGGAACAAUGGACAGCUUCUUCCCCGAGGGAACGCGGGUCUGGCUGAGAGAAAAUGGCCAGCAUUUUCCAAGCACUGUAAACUCCUGUGCAGAGGGCGUUGUGGUCUUCCAGACAGACUAUGGUCAGGUCUUCACGUACAAGCAGAGCACCAUCACCCAGCAGAAGGUGACAGCGAUGCACCCCUCGCACGAGGAGGGUGUGGACGACAUGGCUGCCCUGGCUGAGCUGCACGCCGGCUCCAUCAUGCACAACCUGUUCCAGCGCUACAAGAGAAACCAGAUCUAUACCUACAUCGGCUCCAUCCUCGCCUCGGUGAACCCCUACCAGCCCAUCGCCGACCUGUACGAGGGCGCCACCAUGGAGUGCUACAGCAGGUGCCACCUGGGCGAGCUCCCGCCACACAUCUUCGCCAUCGCCAACGAGUGCUACCGCUGCCUGUGGAGGCGCCAGGACAACCAGUGCGUCCUCAUCAGCGGUGAAAGCGGGGCAGGCAAAACCGAAAGCACAAAACUGAUCCUGAAGUUCCUGUCAGCCGCCAGCCAGCAGGCUGUGGAGCUGCCAGUGAAGGAGAGGGUGUCCUGUGUGGAGCAGGCUAUCCUGGAAAGCAGCCCCAUCAUGGAGGCCUUCGGCAACGCGAAGACGGUGUACAACAACAACUCUAGUCGCUUCGGGAAGUUUGUUCAGCUGCACUUCUGUCAGAAAGGAAAUAUCCAGGGCGGGAGGAUUGUAGAUUAUUUAUUAGAAAAAAACCGGGUAGUAAGGCAAAAUCCAGGGGAGAGGAAUUAUCACAUAUUCUAUGCGCUGCUGGCUGGGCUGGGCCCGGGAGAGAGAGAAGAAUUUUAUUUAUCUGUGCCAGAAAACUACCAUUACUUGAAUCAAUCUGGAUGUACAGAAGAUAAGACAAUCAACGACCAGGAGUCCUUUAGAGAAGUUAUUACGGCCCUGGAGGUCAUGCAGUUCAGCACGGACGAGGUCCGGGAGGUUCUGCGGCUGCUGGCCGGCAUCCUGCAUCUGGGCAACGUGGAGUUCAUCACGGCAGGGGGCGCGCAGGUCUCCUUCGAGACAGCUCUGGGCCAGUCUGCAGAGUUACUUGGGCUGGACCCGGCGCAGCUCACGGACGCUUUGACCCAAAGAUCCAUGUUCCUCAGGGGAGAAGAGAUCCUCACGCCGCUCAGCGUCCAGCAGGCAGUGGACAGCAGAGACUCUUUGGCCAUGGCACUUUACUCACGCUGCUUCGAGUGGGUCAUCAAGAAGAUCAACAGCAGGAUCAAGGGCAGAGAUGACUUCAGAUCUGUUGGCAUCCUUGACAUCUUUGGAUUUGAAAACUUCGAGGUUAACCGCUUUGAGCAAUUCAAUAUCAACUAUGCAAAUGAGAAGCUUCAGGAAUACUUCAACAAGCAUAUAUUUUCUUUAGAACAACUGGAAUACAGCAGAGAAGGCCUGGUGUGGGAGGACAUUGACUGGAUAGACAAUGGGGAGUGCCUGGACUUGAUCGAGAAGAAACUUGGCCUCCUGGCCCUCAUCAAUGAAGAGAGCCACUUUCCGCAAGCCACAGACAGCACCUUGCUGGAGAAGUUGCACCACCAGCACUCGAAUAACCACUUUUAUGUGAAGCCCAGAGUUGCAGUCAACAAUUUUGGAGUGAAACACUAUGCCGGAGAGGUACAGUAUGAUGUCCGAGGCAUUUUGGAGAAGAACAGAGAUACCUUCCGAGAUGACCUUCUCAACUUGCUAAGAGAAAGCCGGUUCGACUUCAUCUAUGACCUCUUCGAGCAUGUCUGCAGCCGCAGCAGCCAGGACACCCUCAAGUGUGGCAGCAAGCACCGGCGACCCACAGUCAGCUCUCAGUUCAAGGACUCGCUGCAUUGUCUCAUGGCGACGCUGAGCUCCUCCAACCCUUUCUUCAUCCGGUGCAUCAAGCCGAACACGCAGAAGAUGCCAGACCACUUUGACCAGGCUGUUGUCCUGAACCAGCUGCGCUACUCGGGGAUGCUGGAGACUGUGCGCAUCCGCAAGGCUGGCUACGCUGUCCGAAGGCCCUUCCAGGACUUUUAUAAACGGUAUAAAGUGCUGGCGAGGAACCUGGCCCUGCCUGAGGACAUACGUGGCAGGUGUGUGGCCCUGCUGCAGCUCUAUGAUGCCUCCAGCAAUGAGUGGCAGCUCGGGAAGACCAAGGUCUUCCUCCGGGAAUCCUUGGAGCAGAAGCUGGAGAAGCAGCGGGAGGAAGAAGUUACGCGGGCAGCCAUGGUGAUCCAGGCCCACAUCCUGGGCUACUUGGCACGAAAGCACUACAGACAGGUCCUGCACGGCGUGGUGACGAUCCAGAAGAACGUCCGGGCCUUCCUGCUGCGGCGCAGGUUCCUGCACCUGAAGAAAGCAGCCCUGGUGCUGCAGAAACAGCUCCGCGGCCAGCAAGCGCGCAGGGCCUUUGGGCGGCUGUUGGCAGAGAAGCGCGAGGAGGAAGCGAGGAAGAGGCGGGAGGAGGCGGAGGAGAGAGAAAGAGAGAGAGAGCGGAAAGCAGCAGAGCUCCGGGCCCAGCAGGAGGAAGAGGCCAGGCAGCAGAGCUUGAGGGACGCAGCCUGGAACCGUCAGCUGCAGAAGCAGCGGGAGAACAAGCAGGUGGAGGAGAUCCUGCGCCUGGAGCGUGAGAUCGAGGACCUGCAGCGCAUGAAGGAGCAGCAGGAACUGAGUCUGACCGAGGCAUCGCUGCAGCGGCUGCGGCAGCGGCGGGACGAGGAGCUGCGGCGGCUGGAGGACGAGGCCAGCCGGGCGGCGCAUGAGUUCCUGGCCGCGCUCAACUUCCACGAGAUCGACGCAUGCGUGCGUGGCCUUGAGCGCUCCCUGGCAAUGGCGCCCAGUGGGGACGGCACGGUGACCCCGGGCUUCAACUUCAGCCAGCCCUACCCCGAGGAGGAUGAGGAGGACGAGGGUUUCGCAGCAGAUGAUGAUGCCUUCAAGGACUCGCCCAACCCCAGCGAGCACGGCCACUCAGACCAGCGUACAAGUGGCAUCCGUACCAGCGAUGACUCCUCCGAGGAGGACCCCUACGUACACGAAGCCGCGGGGGCCCCCAGGGAACCCGGGCCACCGCCCAACCCGCAGGAGGCCACCUACUGCGAGCCCAGUGAGGCCCCACAUGGAGACCCAGAGGAUGACUACGACGACGGCGCCAUCACCUCCGGCAGCAGCAUCACCUUCUCCAACUCCUACGGCAGCCAGUGGUCCCCCGACUACCGCUGCUCCGUGGGCACCUGCAACAGCUCAGCCGCCUAUGGCCUCAGCUCUGAGGGCGCGCAGUCCUCGUUUGAAGACAGUGAAGAGGACUUUGACUCCAGAUUUGACACAGAUGACGAGCUGUCCUACCGGCGCGACUCUGUGUACAGCUGUGUCACGCUACCCUACUUCCACAGUUUCCUGUACAUGAAAGGGGGCCUCAUGAACUCCUGGAAGCGCCGCUGGUGCGUGCUCAAGGACGAGACCUUCCUGUGGUUCCGCUCCAAGCAGGAGGCCCUCAAGCAGGGCUGGCUGCACAAGAAAGGUGGCGGCUCGUCCACACUGUCUCGGAGGAACUGGAAGAGGCGCUGGUUCGUGCUGCGCCAGGCCAAGCUGAUGUACUUCGAGAACGACAGCGAGGAGAAGCUCAAGGGCACCAUUGAAGUCCGGACUGCCAAAGAGAUCGUAGAUAACACCAGCAAGGAGAACGGGAUCGACAUCAUCAUGGGCGACCGGACUUUCCACCUGAUCGCUGAGUCUCCGGAAGAUGCCAGCCAGUGGUUCAGCGUGCUGAGCCAGGUGCACGCGUCCACCGACCAGGAGAUCCGGGAGAUGCACGACGAGCAGGCCAACCCGCAGAACGCCGUGGGCACGCUGGACGUGGGGCUGAUCGAUUCCGUGUGUGCCUCCGACAACCCCGACAGGCGCAACGCAUUCGUGAUCAUCACGGCCAACCGCGUCCUGCACUGCAAUGCCGACGCGCCCGAGGAGAUGCACCACUGGAUCACGCUGCUGCAGCGCUGCAAGGGCGAGGCGCGCGUGGAGGGCCAGGAGUUCAUCGUGCGAGGGUGGCUGCACAAAGAGGUAAAGAACAGCCCGAAGAUGUCCUCGCUGAAACUGAAGAAGCGCUGGUUCGUCCUGACCCACAACUCUCUGGACUACUACAAGAGCUCGGAGAAGCACUCGCUGAAGCUGGGCACGCUGGUUCUCAACAGCCUCUGCUCCGUCGUGCCUCCGGACGAGAAGGUCUUCAAGGAGACAGGGUAUUGGAACAUCACUGUGUACGGGCGCAAGCACUGUUACCGGCUAUACACCAAGCUGCUCAACGAGGCCACCAGGUGGGCCAGCGCCAUUCAGAAUGUGACUGAUACCAAGGCCCCAAUAGACACCCCAACCCAGCAGCUGAUCCAGGACAUCAAGGAGAACUGCCUGAAUGCCGACGUGGUGGAGCAGAUCUACAAGCGGAACCCCAUCCUGCGCUACACCCACCACCCGCUGCACUCGCCACUGCUGCCGCUUCCCUACGGAGACAUCAACCUCAACCUGCUCAAGGAAAAGGGCUACACCACCCUGCAGGACGAGGCCGUCCGGCUCUUCCACUCGCUGCAGCAGCUGGAGUCCAUGGCCGACCCCGUGCCUAUCAUCCAGGGCAUUCUGCAGACGGGCCACGACCUCCGGCCCCUGCGGGACGAGCUGUACUGCCAGCUCAUCAAGCAGACUACCGGCGUGCCACAGCCGGGCAGCGCGGGCCACCUGUGCAGCUGGCAGAUCCUCGCCUGCCUGGGCUGCACCUUCCUGCCCAGCCGCGGGAUCCUCAAGUACCUCAAGUUCCACCUGAAGAGGAUCCGCGAACAGUUUCCAGGAACCGAGAUGGAAAAAUACGCCCUCUUCAUCUACGAGUCUCUGAAGAAGACCAAGUGCAGGGAGUUCGUGCCCUCCCGCGAUGAGAUCGAGGCGCUGAUCCACAGGCAGGAGAUGACGUCCACGGUGUACUGCCACGGCGGGGGCUCCUGCAAGAUCACCAUCAACUCGCACACCACAGCCGGCGAGGUGGUGGAGAAGCUGGUCCGAGGCCUGGCCAUGGAGGACAGCAGGAACAUGUUUGCGCUGUUCGAGCACAAUGGGCACGUGCACAAGGCCGUCGAGAGCCGCACCAUUGUGGCGGACGUGCUGGCCAAGUUUGAAAAGCUGGCUGCCACACCUGACGCAGGGGACUUGCCCUGGAAAUUCUACUUCAAACUCUACUGCUUCCUGGACACAGACAACGUGCCGAAGGACAGCGUGGAGUUUGCGUUCAUGUUUGAGCAGGCCCACGAAGCGGUGAUCCACGGCCACCACCCGGCUCCAGAGGAGACGCUGCAGGUGCUGGCGGCGCUGCGGCUGCAGUACCUGCAGGGCGACCUCACCUCGCAGGCGACCGCGCCGCUGGAGCCCCUAGAGCAGCUGGAGCAGGUGUACUCGCUGCGCAGGCUGUACGCACGCGUGCGCCAGGCCGCCCAAGGCGCGGCAGGGGAGCGGCUGCAGCGCCGGCGCACCAGCUUCCUGGACAGCACCCUGCGGCGCAGCCUGCGGCCCGGGUCCGCGCGGUCCAGGGAGGAUGGGCAGGCGCUGGACCUGUGGCUGCAGGAAGAGCUGGGCAGCGUGCGGGCUGGCGUGCUAGACAAGUGGCGGAAGCUGCAGGGCCUGAGCCAGGAGCAGGCCAUGGCCAGGUACAUGGCCCUCAUCAAGGGGUGGCCCGGCUACGGCUCCACCCUCUUCGACGUGGAGUGCAAGGAGGGCGGCUUCCCGCAGGAGCUGUGGCUGGGCGUGAGUGCCGACGCCGUGUCAGUGUACAAGCGCGGGGAGGGCCGGCCUCUGGAAGUCUUCCAGUACGAGCACAUCCUCUCGUUCGGGGCGCCCCAGGCCAACACCUACAAGAUCGUGGUGGACGAGCGGGAGCUGCUCUUUGAGACCACCGAGGUGGUGGACGUGGCCAAGCUCAUGAAGGCCUACAUCAGCAUGAUCGUGAAGAAGCGCUACAGCACCACGCGUUCCCUGAGCAGCCAGGGCAGCUCCAGGUGAAGGUGGCUAGUGGCGCACAAGGCUCUGACGUCGGCUCGCACCGUGCUGCCGCCUGGACUGCUCCGGUCCUGGCCCGGCCGAGGCAGGCAGAGUUGCCUGGCUCCCUGGAAGCCCUGGGAGGAAGGAGUCUCGGGUCCUUCCACCCCACCAGCUGCAGUGACCAUAUACUGGGCUGUCAGCAGUCUGCACAAUUCCCAAAGCUUUACUAAGAUGACACAUGCCUUAAAAAAGAGGGGAGAAAAGCCACGCUGCCACCAAAGCAGCCAGAAGUGCCUUAACGUUGCAGACCCAAGCCUCCUUGACCUCGACCUCAACUGUCCUGCUGCAGGGAGCUUGUCCCCGGUGUGCGCGGGGAAGGGCUGUCUGUCCGUCAGUUGUGCACUCAUCUCCCCGCCUGAUUCCCCCCACAGGGAAGGUGACGCGGGAGGGGCAGUGUGGCCGGAGCGCUGCUGGCAGCCUCCCUGGGGCGCACGUCCACUCCGGGCCUUGCCUCAUUUCCGGCGUCUGUGCUGGCACGUGGCGUGUGUUCAGGAACUCACACUUUGAUUGCAAGCGUUACACACAAAGGGAAGAGGAUGUGCAAUGGUGGUUGGACAGUCUGUGUUGUCCUAGUUCCAGUUAGCGUCUUCCCGUCAGGCCUUGAGGUGGUUUGGUUGCCCAGCUGGAGCGCUGGGCUUCCCCUUUGCUUUUGACUGGACUUUGUUCCCCCAUGACGAGGUCUGCUGCAUCAGGUCAGACCGCAGGCUGCGGAGUGACUGUAUUUACAGCGCACUCCCUGCGGCCGCGGAGCUGUUUUUAGACAGUAUGAAGUCACUGCCCAGCCUCUCAUCUCUAAAUCGGUUAAGCUAAAAGAAUCCUCUCAUUGAAGGUUAGUGUGUGUCCCUCUGCACGGAGGACAGCAGUCGCCGGCUGACCCAGGGGAGUCUCCCUGCCUGAACGAUGUGACGGGAACACAUCUGAGGCACCUGCAUACGGAUGUUGAGGCUUCAAUAAGACACAAGCAUGUUUUAUCCUGAGUUUACAGUGGGGUCUGGACAAGGCACCUGUAAAUAAAUCAGCACCGAUGGCCAGAGGCAACAUAAUCUGGACUUGGACUUUUAUUUUUAUAUGGAGAAAUUAUAAGGACUUGGGCCAUCUAGGUCCAGCACCGUGGCAAACGCAAUUUCCCUGACGCCGGCCCUUCACCCUCCUGGCAGCCGCAAGAAAGCAGGUGCUGCCUGUUUCAGAGGCUGACAAUAAAGACGUGAGCAACGCACCACUGUGUGGUUUAUCG